GGGAGAGAUCAAGAACUAUGCAGCGUCAGCACAGAGUGGUCUGGCUUUGUAAUCGGAUAGCGGGCGCCUCCUCAUUCUCCUUCUGAUCCUGCUCUCACUCACACACGCCCGACCGGGCUUGUCAUCUCUGCCUAAGGACAAAGCCGCCGAUCUUGGGCAAGCUGGCGAGCUCGGGUUUCGGGAUCGUCUCAUCUGUGAUUUGUGAUGGGCCGGGCCUGGCAGAUUGCGGAUUUGCGCGCGCGGCCGCAUGUGGGGAACGGGUCCGUCAAUGAGUCUCCCAAUCUGUUGUCCCAUGGAAACGCAAAACGGAAACACGUAUAUAUAUCGAGGGAGCUGUUCCCCCUUUGUCCUGUCGUCAUCAGUUUGAUAUACAUCAUCACUACGCUACUCUCCCACCGCAAGCAGUCCCAUCUGCCCCGUUGAGAUAUAUCGACAUAUAUAUAUAUAUAUAUCCCCCUUUCCAGCUCAGCCACUUGCUUCUACAUCUCUUUCCCAGCAACAUCGUCUAGCCACCACCACCCACAAUGUCGACCUCGCCCAAGACCGUCGUCAUCCUGGGCGCCUCCAUGGCCGGCCUGCCCCUAGCCCACAACAUCCUCAAGAACACGGCCCCCAAGGUUCCCGGCGGCCUCAAGGUCGUCCUCGUCUCGCCCAACACCCACCUGUACUGGUGCCUCGCCUCGGUGCGCGGCGUCCUCCCCGGCGCCGACGGCGGCUUCGGCGACGACAAGCUCUUCUACGAGAUCGCCCCGGGCUUCGCAAAGUACACGCCGGAGCAGUUCGAGUUCGUGCUCGGGUCCGCCACCGCGCUCGACCCGGCCGCCAAGACGGUCACGGUGCAGCCCAGCAGCGGCAGCGGCAGCGAGGAGGGCGCCGCCGCCGAACCCAAGACGCUGAGCUACGACUACGUCGUCGUCGCCACGGGCUCGUCGGCCCGCGACGGCAUGCCGUGGAAGACGGCGGGCGACACGGCCGCCACGCGCGCCCUGCUCGAGCAGUGGCGCGCCAAGGUCGCCGCCGCAAAGUCCAUCGUCGUCGCCGGCGCGGGCCUGACGGGGAUCGAGGUCGCCGGCGAGCUGGGCGACGCCUACGCCUCAAAGGGCACAAAGGACGUCACCAUCGUCGUCGACGACGACCUCCCCCUGCCCGACAAGUUCUCCCGCCCCGUCCGCGCCGCCGCCCUCGCCGAGCUGGAGCGCCUCAAGGUCAAGGUGCUGGUCAGCCGGCGCGUCACGUCGGCAAAGGAGGCCGAGGACGGCACCGGCGUCGUCACGCUCGAGAUUGCAAACAAGGCAGGAGGAGGAGGAGGAGGUGGCGGCGACCCCGAGACGCUCACGACGGACCUGUACAUGCCCACCUUUGGCGUCGUCUUCAACACCGCCUUCGUGCCCGCCGACCUCCUCGACGCCGCGGGGCGGGUCCGGACGACGAGCCGCCUGCGCGCCGAGGGCCAUGACGACGUCUACGCGCUCGGCGACGCCGCGUCCCUGCAGCCGCCCAACGCGAUGCACAUCGAGCCGCAGGUCGCCUACGUCGCCAAGGACCUGGCGGCGCGCCUGCUCGCGCCCGACACGGCGGCGGCGGCGGCGGCGCCGCCCGCGGCCGAGUUCAAGCCCAGCGAGACGAUCAUGUUCAUGGCCUCGAUCGGCAAGGGCCGCGGCGUCGGGCAGGUCGGGUCCUUCAAGCUGCCCAGCUUCGCCACCUGGCUCGUCAAGAGCCGGACCCUGCUGACCCAGAGGGGCCCCGCCACCGUAGCCGCCUAGUCGGGGCUCACUUCGCUGUCGUGCUUUUGAUUGUGCUUUCUUUCCUCUUGUUUAGUGAUACCUUUUUGCACGCUCUCUAGAUUUUCCUAGUGUCGAUAGAAUCUCAUGUCUUCGUAUUAAGACCAUACCAUAAUAUAGCCACAUUAAUGUCCGAGAUACCGUAUCAAGGAGUACAAGCGAUUCAC